AUGGCAGAAAACCAACAACUCGGAAAUAUUAUCUUCCGAUCCGAAGAUGAUAAUUACCAACGCGAGCAGUUCGAGCGGUUUCAACAACGAGGUGUCGUCUCUACCAGUGUGGCUGACUAUUAUUUAGCCAAACGUGUAGGUUACAAAAACAAACUCAAGUUCAAAUCUCUAUCUAUUGUCUCUAAACAAUUUCUCUCCAUCACCAACCGUCUCAUAUUCUCUAUGAAAAUUGAUCAUCUUCAUCUUUGUUAUCUCUCUCGUUUCUUCCAUAGAUUCUCCAACCUUAAUUCCCUUGAACUCUUGUUUGGCACCCAUAAUCUCCACGCAGACAUUGCUUUGGCUCUACGUAGCAGACCAAAAUUGAAAUCUUUAUCUUUUUCCGGGUUUGAGUUAAACGAUUCGAACUACAUUUCACAUUACAUUGAUUCCUUCCUGAGUUUGAAGGCUUUAAAUUCUCUUAUGUUCGUGUCUUCGCAAAUAUCUGAUCACUUUCUUUAUUCUGUUGCAAGAGAAGGUCUUCCUUUGAAGAAGUUUGGUCUUGCAAAUUGUAUGGGUUAUAGUUACCAUGGAAUUUAUGAUUUCUUAUCCAAGUGUCACACCAUACAACAUUUGGGUCUUCAAGGUGUUCAUUUUCUAAAGAAUCAUCAUGUUGCCCGGUUGUCUUUGCUUCUUCCUGAUUUGAUUUCUAUAAACCUUACUGAAUGUUCCAAACUCAGAGAACCAGCUUUAUUGGCACUCAUUAAGAACUGUCAUUCACUUGUUAUGAUCAAAAUGGAAAACAUAUAUAUUGAGAGGAAGACGGUAGCAAAUUCUCAUAUUUUGAAAAAAUUUGAUGUCAACCCUCAAUUUAAGUAUCUAUGUUUGGCUAACACUUCAUUCGUAAACCACCAGACCAUCCUAUUGUUUGCUUCAGUUUUCCCUAAUUUGGAGGUUCUCGAUUUAAGUUUUUGCCAUGACAUAUCUAGAAAUAGUAUUUGUCAAAUUUUAAGUAGAUGUUGUAAACUUAGAUAUCUAAAUUUGACCAACUGUGAGAAUGUGAGCGGACUUAAAAUGAACUCUGUAGUUCACCAGUUAGAGGAGUUGGACUUAUGUGCUACAAAUGUUGAUGAUGAAACACUCUAUGAGAUCUCAAAGAGUUGUUGUGGACUUUUGAAACUAUUAUUGACAUGUUGUAAAUAUGUCACGGAAAAGGGAGUGAUGCGUGCUGUUGAAAACUGCACACAAUUGGAAGACAUCUAUUUGAUGUAUUGUGAUAAAGUGAAUCCUGAUACGGUUGUUUCAAUGCUUUCAUCAAGACCAUCAUUACAUGUGUGGUGA